GUCGAAGUAUUGAAAUUUCUUGGUCUACGAAAAUAUAUGCAUAUAUCGUUCUCCAGGAGUAUUCGAUAAUGUCAGCAACACUAUCUUACAUUUUAUAUAUUUAAUAAGACAUUUGACGAUAAAUUCAACUCUUUUUUCUGCUAUUAUAACACGAUAUGGAGUCGAAAGAGUAUGCCUACAAACAGGGAAAUGAAGGAGAAGACAUUCUGCUUGACGUUCAUUGGAAUGCAAGCACACCUCAAGAUUCGAGUUCUACUGGGCAUCCAAUUGUCAUGAUAUUUCAUGGUGGCGGGUUUGUUCAAGGCUCCAAAUCGAUCAUUCCUCGCAUUCAGAUAGAAGAACUCGUCCGACUCGGUUUUGUUGUCGUUGUCCCGAAUUUCAGACUCUGCCCUCAGAUAUCAGUUUUUGAGGGUCCUGUAACAGAUGCGAAGGACUGUCUCAGAUGGGUUGAGAGCUCUCUUGGUGAUGUUUUACACGAUGAGAAAAAUGGGCUGCCGGUAGAUCAAAGUCGUAUAGUGACAAUGGGCCACUCGUGUGGUGCCACUUUGGCCCUACUUCAGGCCGGAUCGUCAACAUCUGUCAUUGCUACCCUUGACUUUUACGGAGGGAAAUACUUUAGAGAUUCUUGUUGGCACGAGCCGUCCCAAUCAGCUCUUUUUCUCAGUGCUCCAUACUAUCCUGAGUCUCUUACUGAGCAGAUUUACUCUGGUCCCCAAAUAUCUACCGCAACACCAGUAUUUGGUACGCCUGACCUGCCACCACGAGACGCCUGGCUGUCAAACGCUUUUAAAUCAGGGAGACACCUAGAACUAGUUGUCAAAGAUGGUGAUUUUGAUCGAGUUGACCCAAAAAGUAGAUUUUCGGGAACCUUUCCGCCUGCAAUGUUCAUACAUGGCACGGAUGAUACAGUGACCCCGCUGAGUAUUAGUGAGCGAGCUUAUGAAGAACUGAAGGGACUUGGUGUGAAGACUCAGAUUCUGCGUAUACAGGGAGCUGAUCAUAUGUUCGAUAUGCUUUAUACAAGCCCCGAAGAGGAUUACUUCAAAAAGAAUGUCAGUCAAGGCUUAGAAUUUCUUGCUAGGGAAGCUGGAUUGUGAAUAAAAAACAAAGACCUAUCACACGUUCGAGUACUUUACCAUUCUAGCCCUAAAUUACGUACUUUUUAGGCAGAAGCGAAUCCAGGUCUCCGGCGUCCCUUCGAUGCUGGUUUGCGACAUCAUAUAUGGAAACAGUCUCCAUAAAUCUUGGACUGAUUUGUUCGCUAUUGGCAAUUUGAGA